GGCAACACCACCCGUCCGUCCGAUCCACCUUCCAGAAGUCUCCCGCAACACGCACCAAGUCGCGUCGGUGGCGCUCGGUUCUUCCAAAUCCACGUCCAGACGUCCAGUUCCCACCCGCAGACACGCUGCGUCCAAUUCCCAACCACCUCGUCGACCAAACGAUGGAGCAAGGGAGCAAGAACAGCGGGGAGCAGCCGCUCCCCUGCGCCAACAACUGCGGCUUCUUCGGCUCAGCCGGCACCGGACACCUCUGCUCCAAGUGCUUCCGCGACAGCCUCCGCCUCGCCGAGGCCCAGGCGUCUGCGGUCGUUCACAACGCCUCGUCUUCGUCGGACGCUGCGUCCGUGGACCCCGAGGCGGCGGCGCCGGCGACGGAGGAGAUGGCGAAGGGGCGACCAAAGAGAAAGAACCGGUGCGCGGCGUGCGGGAGGAAAGUGGGGCUCAUGGGGUUCGAGUGCCGGUGCGGCCGGUUGUUCUGCGGCGCGCACCGCUACUCGGACCGGCACGACUGCGCCUACGACUACAGGGGCGCCGGCCGCGACGCCAUCGCCCGCGCCAACCCCGUCGUCAGGGCCGACAAGCAGGCCGACAAGCUCUGAGCAUGCAAAUCACCCCAAAAGCCAUUGAAAUCGCCGCUGAAUAGGUCCCCGGUGAAGAUCGGAACUUCCGACUGAAAUAUAAGCUCCAACCCGAGAAGCUCAUUCCAAUCACAACCCGUAACUUCCAAAGUUACUGUUUAUCAAACGUUUUUCGUUUAUUUGUUUACUUUAUAGAUAGCUUGUAUAUUUUAUAGUUAAUUCAUAUG